AUGCGCUUGGCCAGACACAUGGUGCUAAACGUGAUAGAUGGUUCCACUCUGAGAACAGAAGAAAGACAAAGACUGGCCAGGGAGCGUAGAGAAGAGCGGGAAAAGCAACAUGCUGCCAAAGAGACACAAAUCCUUGAAAAGGAGAGAAAAGCAAAACUCCAGUAUGAAAAACAGUUAGAAGAAAGGCAGAGAAAGCUAAAAGAACAGAAGCAGAAAGAGGAACAACGGAGGGCAGCAGUAGAAGAAAAGAGAAAACAAAAAAUAGAGGAGGAAAAGGAGCGCUAUGAAGCAGCUUUGCAUCGUACCUUGGAACGGAAUCAGCGACUGGAAACACGACAGAAGAGAUGGUCAUGGGGAGGGUCUGUAACUCCAGAUUCAGAGAGUAAAACAGAACAACAGACCGCAGAUGAAGGUGGAACUGGUGCCAGCAAGCGGUCCACCUCCACAGCAAACCUCAAACAGACAGAAGCUGUCAUGAAUAAACGGUUGUCAUCGUCUGCAGCGCUUUUAAACACUUCUGAUCGAAGUACCACAAAGAGAAGUGCCUCAUUAAACAGACUGAAUAACAAAGUUCCUCUACAUUCUCAGCAGUCAGCACUCAAAGGUUCGCAGGUGGAACAGAAAGGAGGAACAGAAAAGAAGAGGAGCACAUCUUUGAAUAGAAUGAGUAGUAAACCCCAAUCCUCUCCAGAACUAGAAAAAGUGAAAAAGGAAGAAAAAACAGCUCGUCGCUCCCAGCUCAGUCCUCUGGACAGUAGCGUAAUCAGUCGCCUCCUCGCCCCCACACAGGCCUCCUUAGCUAGGAGUAAAAGUGCUGCUACAUUAUCGGCUGAUGGACAAGAUCCCUCAGAAUCUCACCUCUGUCCUCGUUCAGCUUCAGCCAGUUCCAUCAGUUCCCCAGUCCCAACUCCUAAAGUGCCCGUGCGCAGUCGUAGCAUCGACAGAUUGAAGUCCUCUGUAUCUUCGUCUGAUGCAAGUUCACCAGAUUCAACCCAGAAAUCAGAGACAGAAAAACCGUCCACAGGUUCUGGUUUAAGACGCCCUCCCUCGCCAUCUGUGUCUGCCCGUAGAAGAUCCCCCUCUCCUGCUAAUUUGGUGAAGCGUCCUCCAUCACCUUCUACAGUUAGACAGAAGACUCGCCCACCUUCGCCUAGCGUGUCAAAACAAAGGCCACCAUCUCCUACUCCGGUCUCUAAACCAGCACCCAUCCAACGUCCACCUCUCACACCAGGUGUUAUAAACAUUACCAAAAAGAAAACUGAAGCAGAGAGCAAACCAAAGGAUAAGAGCACGGAAGGAACAGGACAAGAGCAAGGUGCUUCACCAGCCUUGGACAGGGAUGCGGUAGCAGCUAGCACAAAGACCAAAGAAGAAUCAGGUAGCAAAACAGUAGCAGGGACCACCACAGCUGAAGAAGCUGCUAAAAUCUUGGCAGAGAAACGACGUCUAGCACGGGAGCAAAGAGAGCGUGAAGACCAAGAAAGAAUUCAGAGACAGGAGGAGGAAAGAAUCAGAGAAGAAGAAAUGGCCAAGAGAGCAACUGAGGAAAAAGCUCAGCGGGAGGAGGAGCUCCGCAAGCAGGAGGAAGAAAAGAGACUGGCUUAUGAAGAACAACAAAGACAAGCUGAAGAGGAGAGGAUCCGCCGAGAACAGGAAGAGCAGGAAAAACUUGCAGAGCUUCAACACCAGAGAGAAGAAGCUGAAGCAAAAGCUCAAGAAGAGGCUGAAAGGCAGCGGCUGGAAAGAGAGAGAAUUAUGCAGCAAAAUAUGCAGGAAAGGCUUGAAAGAAAAAAGAGAAUCGAAGAAAUAAUGAAAAGAACACGAAAAUCAGAUCAAAGUGAAUCCAAGUUGCAGAAUGAAGGGAAGUCUGCCUCUGAGGCUAUGGAGGGAGAUGAUAUUGAAGAGGAGGAAGAGUUGGGUCUUGAGAAGACUGAUCAACCAGGAAAGCUAAAUGGCAUUGACUUAGCCCAGGAAGUCAAGGAGGAGGCAGAGGGUUGUUUAGAGACUGCGCAUAGCUUGAUCUCUACAGAAUCUGAGGAGCAAGAUGUGUCAGAAUUGAAGGCCAGUGAAGUGUUUAUGAAUGGAGGCGAUUUGAAAAGUGAUGAGGGGUCUCUACUUGUUACUGAAUUAAAGGAUUGCAGCCAUCCUGCAAAAGAAAUGGUUAUCAAUGACUCAGUGAAGUUGGGUGUUAACGAAGCUGAUCAUACAAUUGGACUCAUUCAGAAUCUUAAUGGAAAAUCUGGUUCGUGGACUUUUGAGGAGUUUAUUGACGUUGGAGUACAUUCCAAGUCAACCAAACUGAGCUUGGACAGCAUCACUGCUGGUAACUGUAAUCAAAACUUGAAUGAUGCUGCUACAAUACCUUCUAGUCCCAAAUUGGCUUUUGAGGAAGAUGGUGCAGUGAAUUCAUUGACCAAACCUAUAGAUGCUUCAUCAGGUAAUCCAAGCUGAUUUCCCUAUCUGUCUCUUCUUCUGGCUAGGUAAUUAACUUCCUUGCAUUUUACUCUCCUUGCCUUAACUGCAGCUUCUUAUUUUCAAGACAGUUUUUCCAAUGUGUAGACUGGAGGGAAGGCUCUUUCCUUAGUGUUUGUAACUUGCGUUCUGUCAAAAGGAGUUACCAAAUGAUGCCUUUUUAGGGACUUGCUCUA